AUGGCUCUGGGCAGCGACGGAAACAACCUGUGUGCCACCUCCGGCGACGGGACGCUAGCAGUGUACGACAUGCGCAAGAGCGGCGAGAAGGGGCUUGUCGCCAUGUCUGACUUCCAGGAGGAUGAGUACCUCUCGCUGGCCAUCGUGAAGCACGGUACGAAGGUUGUCUGCGGGUCUCAGACUGGGGCCUUGGCAAUCUUCACUUGGGGAGACUUCGGCGACCUCAAGGACCGAAUCAAAGGCCACCCGAUGUCGGUGGACGCUGUCGUUAAGCUGUCCGAGGAGAGGAUACUGACAGGUUCGUCUGACGGGCUCAUACGCGUCGUGUCCGUGCACAGCCGUGACCACGGGAGCCGCGUGCUGAGCGUACUGGGUGAGCACGGGGAGGGCGGCUACCCACUGGAGCGUUUAUCCCUGUCUGCCGACGGGACCCUCGUGGCGUCCGCGUCUCACGGACAGCCGUCGGUUCAGAUAUGGCCCACGGACGUCGCCCUCAACACUUCGGGGGCGCAGGCAGACGGCGCCGCUGAGGGCACGCCCGACUCCGUCGACAGCGACGACUCGGACGAACCCCGCGCGCGCCGCAAGAAGCGCCGGAAGGGUGGCGCGAAGGGCCCCGUCGCAGAGUCCGCGCGGAAGGCGGGCAGCUUUUUCUCCGGCCUGUGA